AACCAGCAACAUACUUUAAUUCGUUAUCAGAUAAGAAAGACAUGGAUUUGUUUUGCAACUCGAGAGUGGAGACAUCAAACGAAAGCGCCCAAACGAUUUCUUAGCGGCUGAGAUUUGUUCGUUUGGAGUUUCGAGUUCCGACGCAGAAGUGGCAACUCGAGAGUGGAGACAUAGAUAAGAAAGGCAAACGAAAGCGCCCAAACGGUUUCUUAGCGGCUGAGAUUUGGUCGUUUGGAGUUUCGAGUUCCGACGCAGAAGAUCGAUCGGCACGGCACUCCAGUCGAAAGUUCCAGAUAUCAUGGCAGAUCCCUCUCCAACUGCAACCUCCAUCAAUCCCUACGACUACCUCAAGAUCGUUCCUAACCCGGACGGCUUUCUCACCCGACACCAUCCGAGCUCCGACGUUCCAGCAACCGGUGAUGUUUCCGUCUCGCUCCAAUCCGUCCCCACCAAAGACGUUACUAUCAACCCCGCCAACAAGACCUGGGUCCGCAUCUUUCGCCCUCGUGAAGCCACUCCCGAUUCCAAUCUCCCUCUCCUAAUUUUCUUCCACGGCGGAGGUUUCAUCCUUUUUACCUCUGCAACUCAACAGUUCCACGAGUCAUGUGCUCACAUGGCGAGUGAAUUCCCGGCGGUGAUCGUCUCAGUCAGUUAUCGCCUUUCUCCGGAACACCGUCUCCCCGUGGCCUAUGAAGACGCCGUGGAUGCAAUUCUCUGGGUCAAGAAUCAGGCGCUGGAUGAAUCCAACGGUGACCGUUGGCUGAGGGACUAUGUCGAUUUUUCCAUGUGCUUCCUCAUGGGCAGUAGCUCCGGUGGCAAUAUAAUCUACCACGCCGGAUUGCGCGCGUUGGGCUUGGAUCUCGGGCCUGUGAACAUCAGUGGGCUUAUUUUUAUUGAGCCGUACUUCGGUGGGGUCCAGAGGACCCAAUCGGAAAUGAGACUGAACGAAGACCGUAUAAUUCCUCUACCAGUCAACGAUCUGAUGUGGGAGUUGGCGCUCCCCAGCGAUGCCGAUCGAGAUCACGAGUAUAGUAACCCAAUGGGGUCCCACCCCCAGAAGUUGAAGGAGGGGAUGAUCGGAUCCCUACCGAAAUGCUUGGUAACGGGGUACGGUGGGGACCCACUGAUCGACCGUCAGAAGGAGUUUGUGAAGAUGUUGGACGGGUUUGGGGUGGACGUGGUUACUCGGUUUGAGGAAGGAGGUUAUCAUGCGAUCGACCUCUUCGAACCCGCAAGAGCUCAGGCCUUAUCGGUGGUCAUCAAGAGCUUCAUCCACUCGUUUGCCACCAGGAAUUGACACGUCCUGAGACAUAUAACAUGGAGAGCUAUUGAAGAUAUAGAUCGUCCAAUUGAUGUGAUUGAUGCUACUAAUCUUGAUCUGAACUCCUCUACUCCCACCAUUGACAAAAGAUCUC